UGUCACAUGAAACGGCCAUUGCGCCAGCGUCUUUCGUUCGUUGUACCGGGUGGUGUUUCUAUGUCUAUAAUUUUAUUGUAAAAGUGUGCUUAAAAACUUGUGAACAUGGACGAAGAUGUAAGAAAACUUUUAAUCACAUGGAACCUCGAGGAAUACAUGGAAAUUUUCGAAAAAAACAAAAUAUCUGUAGAUUGCCUCAAUUUACUAGAUGACAGCAUGAUACGGGAAUUGUUUCCUACUAUUGGUGACAGAGCCAUAUUUCAAAAAAAUUUUCAAAAUUGGAAAUCUAUUGCUCUUGGACAGUUUUCAGUAAUGAACAUGGAUGUUGAUAUACUCCAAGAAAAGCAUAGGAAUCCGUUAACUGAAAUGACAAACAUAGAAUUAUUUCAAACAUUGAUGAAUACAGAAGAUGCACCUGAAAAUGCGAACAGUGAUACCCCAAAUCCAGUCUCUCCUUUGAAAGUUAUGGAAAAUAAACAAGAAGGGAUACAACAAAGUAAAGAUAAUAAACUUCUGGAUUUACUGCAGUCAAGCGCAGAGGGCAAAAUUAUACUUUCCCUGCACAAGGACGACGGUUUGUUGAGCAGCAGCUCUAGGAGAAGGAUAUGUAACAUAAUAAUUAAACAUUUACUUGGGGAUGACCCCUCAAAAACCAAUAUUCCAAGUUCUGUUCUGUUUGAUAUGGCCAGUCAAAUCAAAGAAGUUUUUAAUAAAGAGAACAUAAGCACAUACUUCAUUCCGUACAUCAACAACAAGAAAUUGAAAAUCAGAAGAUGUGCUAAGGGAAAGCUAUAUGAUUGUUUGCAAAAUAGAAAAAGGGAGUAUCGUAUUGCCGCGAGAAAAAUGUCACAUACAAGUACUCCAGGAUCUUCUACCACUGAAACUAAUGAAGAGACUGAACCAGAGGACGUUUCGGACGAUGUGGCUUGGAUUAAAGCGUCAACUGAGCCGUGGAAACUACUCGAACAAAAAUGGAAAACUACUACAAAACAUAGACUUGAAGAAACAAAAAACAUGACUGUAACAGAAUAUAUGGCACAAUAUCCAGGUUUAAAGAAACCCACAGGAUUUCACUUGCUGACUAUAGACUUCGAUACUAUGUACCCUGGGACCUCAGACAAUCUAUACAAGUACUUCAUGCUGUCAAAACAAUCUAUUUUCCAGUUGGCAAGCAGCAAACAUAAGUUGGUUAGAGAAAAAUUCCAAGGAGUCAAUGCAGAAGAAGCUGAUAAUAUUAAUGCAUUAUUUACGCUGACGCUGCUAGUUGCUCAACCUCUGCAUAAGAAACCAAAAAAAAGGAGCUGGAGGCCUUCAAAACAGGAGUCUAAGGAUGGGUUUAUUACCCAUGUUACAAGAUACAUGAACUUAAAUGAGACCAUCAAACAAAGAAGAGAAAAAUAUCUACAAUAUGGUAUUACUUUCCAACCUACGAUAUUUAUUGUAGGUGAAAAUUUGCAACAUAUUGAGCAGUAUUUUGUUGUUGUGGAUAAUACAUUUUACACUAUGCAUACCAUUAUGCAAGCGGUCGAUGUGUGUUUUAAAGCUUUCCAAGCACUGAAUUGUAAAUAUCCGGUUGAAAGCGAACUUAUUUGGCUGUUUAUACAGAGAGGGUUUUAUAAAAUAAGAACAUCUUAUGACAAAGAAUUUGUUUCGGUUAACUCAUUACUUGCUGAUUUACAUUUACUUGAGUAAAAUGCCUAAGUGCUUUAUAUGCAAAUUGGUCAUUUCUUCUAUAAAAGACUUAUGCCAUCACUUCAAAUACAUGCAUGGUAAUCAUAGUUUUGAUUAUUAUGAGUGUGCUGAGGAAAGGUGUAAUAGAAAAUAUUUUUUAAUUAAUUCAUUUAAAAAACAUUUAAAAAUCCAUACCUCAAUUAGUGAUGAUGCCGAAUACCUUAACGCACAUCAAAAUGUAAACAACUUUAAUUCUGAUAAUCUGAUUCAGCAUAAUAAUUGUAACGAAGCAAUUUCUGAGUUUUCUGAUUUGUCAACAGCUCACGAUUCAGGCACUGCCCAAACGGCGAUAGAUUUUGAGAGUUCUGUACUUAAAUUCACAGCUAAUUUACAUGCCAAUACUUUGAUCCCCAGAAAUGUAGUUCAAUAUGUUACUGAAAAUAUGAAUACCUUGGUCUCCGACUCAGUAAUAAAACCUCUUCAAAAUAUGUUGUCGCAGUGUUUGUCGCAAAGGCAAAUAUCUGCCGAAUGGGCUGGACGUUUGCAGAGCCAUUUAGAUAAAUUUAGUGAUUCUUUUGAAGAUGUAAGAUCUGAACAUGUACGUUUUGCUUUGUUCAAGGAAAAAGGUACUUACAUAGAGCCUGAAGAAUAUGUUCUUGGUCAAAGAUUAGAAACCAGCUAUGCUAAUAAUAGUUUUAAAUUGGUACCUACUACAUCCACAGGCCAAUUCAUACCACUUCGACAUGUAUUAAAAAAAUUUUUAGAAUCAAGUAACGACUAUCAGCAGAUUACCCAACACUAUAAUGAUUUAAAAUCUUCCAAUUGUGACGUUAUACAAAAUAUAGUCCAGGGUUCUGAAUGGCGAAAAAUGGUUACUUCUUGUAGUGGACAAAUUGUUUUACCCCUUGGACUAUAUUUUGACGAUUAUGAAGUAGGUAAUCCUCUUGGUAGCAGAGCUGGUGUACAUAAACUAGGUGCUGUAUAUAUAUCUAUUCUUUGUCUGCCACCGCACUACUUGUCAAAGCUACAGAACAUUUUCUUAGCAUUACUUUUCCAUUCAUUCGACCGUCAACAUUUUGGAAAUAGAGUAACUUUUGGUCCUAUAAUAUCAGAAUUAAAUUUUUUGAGUCGCCAGGGAAUCGAUUUGACUUUUUCCGAUGGAACGCAUAGUAAAGUUUUCUUUAAAUUAGCUGUGAUUUUGGGUGACAAUCUAGGUUUACAUAGCUUAAUUGGUUUUACUGAAUCCUUUUCUAGUAACUUUUCAUGUCGAAUUUGUAAGAUACGUAAAGAAGACCUAAGGUAUGCUCAUGAAUGUGACCGUGAUUUGUAUCGUACGAUGGAACAAUAUUUAAUUGAUUUAAACCAAAGAAAUGUAUCAGAGACGGGCAUCAAAGAAGAAUGUGUAUGGCAUGAUAUCGAUGGUUUUUCCGUUAUCAAUAACGUGGGGGUAGAUAUAAUGCACGAUUUACUCGAAGGUGUUUGUAAAUACGACAUGUCAUUUAUAUUGUAUUAUUACAUAGAACAAUUAAAAUUAUUCUCAUUAGAUACAUUGAAUGGAAGAUUAACUUGUUUUGAUUAUGGACCUGAUCGUAGCAAUCAACCACCCUGUAUACUUCAAGAACACCUUCGUAAUCAGUCCAUUAAAAUGUCAGCAUCGGAAAUGCUUUGUUUUGUAAGGUAUUUUAGUUUGCUAGUAGAGGAUUUGAUACCAACGAAUGAUACCCUUUGGGAGCUAUAUUUACAUCUUAGAAAAAUACUUGACAUUGUGAUUUCUAAUCAAUUGCAAAAAGGUACUAUUGAUUUUCUUAAGUUAUUAAUUUCUGAACACCACAAAUUAUAUUUACGAAUUACUAACAAAACGUUAACACCAAAAUUUCAUUUCUUAACUCAUUAUCAUGAUAUGUUACAAAAAUUUGGUCCAUUGGUAUCUAUCUGGUCAAUGAGGUUUGAAGCUAAGCACCGAUUAUCAAAACUUUCUGCAAAUGUAUCUAGCAAUAGAAGAAACGUUUGCAAAUCUCUAGCUAUUAGGCACCAACUAAAGUUGAAUAACUUGUUUCUCAAUAAACACCUUGAAAAGAAAGUACAGAUGGGACAUAACCGGCCAGUAGAUGACAAUAUAAAAGAAAAAAUUAUGAACAAAUUAAAUUUAAACUCUGCAUUUAUUGAAGAGUAUAAUUGGUUGAUUAUUAGCGGAACUAGGUACAAUUGCAACUUAGUGUUAACGUUAGAUGUAGUUAACGAUGGGAUGCCUAUUUUUGGUUCUAUUAAUAGCAUUUUUUUGUGCAAUGAUGACAUACUAUUUGAGGUAAACCUUUUUGAAACACAGUAUUUUGAUGAAAGACUUUGUUGUUUUGUAGUUAUUAAGAGUAAUGCAGAGACUGAAUUUUUCAUGUACGACAAACUUUAUAGCUAUGUCCCAAAUACCAUGACACGUAGUCGUGACAGUAGAACAACUUACGUUACUCUGAGGUCUUCAAUAUAAUUAUAAGACUACAGUACCGGCCAAUAAAAUAUCACCUUUAUUUUGUCGGUACAACUUUUUAAAUAUUUGUAAAUGUCUUCCACCUCAGUAAUAAUAGUACUUUUAUGCGAGGGGUGAGGAUAAUUGAUUUCAUGCAGUGGUUUAUUCAUAAAUGUUUUUUGUUAUAUAUGUACAGUCAACUACAAAAAGAUGUAUCCAUAUUUUCAACUUAUUGCUUUGGAAUAAGAUCCAAAAGUGGAUACAUCUUUUUAAAGUUGACUGUACGUAGUAUCAGAGAGAAUAAAGACAUAGAGUGAAAUUUCACGAAAAAGUCCUAGCGAACUUACCUAGACGUUAUUUUGCUAUCCGACACCAGGUGUCGCCAUUUUUUAGUCAACAGUUAAAGGUGGCAGUUAAGUGGAUUAUGGAAAAGGUGGCGCCACGGAACCUAGCAUCAAAAUGUUGUUAGACUUUGUCACUCUUAUGUCUUUAUUCUCUCUGAUAGUAUAUAGCAAAAGGUGAUUUAUUAUUCGCCGCUGCAACAGUAUCACUAUACUUAUUAUUUAGCUCAAAGAAUAUCUAAUUCGUACAUUUCUAAAACAGCACGUUAUUUACAGUUACCCCAGCAAUAUCUGAUUGCCUCGGUGCUCAUGUUUGGGGGAGUACAUGUUUAGAUAUUCUGGAGCACUUUAGCUGCCCGGAUGUUACUGAUGGUUGCUGUGUACCUACUGCAAACCGUUUUUUUUAAUGAUUUAUACACAAGGUCAAGUUGGAUAAGUGGAAUACUUGUAUGGAAUCUUCAUACUGUUUCAAUUUCCCGGAGCAAAAAAACUAUGCUUUACUUACCCAACCUAACUUUAUUAAUAAGAAAGUACAAAUUUUACACUUGACAUAUGGCGAGUUCGUUUCAUCAAAUGAUUAUUAAGUCACAAUUAAAACAAUAGAGAUUGUUAAUCAGUGUAAUGAUUGUUAGAAGAUUCCUUUUUUUUUUAAUACUCUGAUAAUCCGUUGAUAAUCCAUACAUUCCUUACUACAAUAUGCAAGGAAAGGGUCUAGCAGGCUAAUCUAGCAAGACUGCCCCCCACGAGGGAUUUGGUUAUACUUUUAGGUGGAGUAGUGGCUGCACCUGAGAACACUGUGUAUGUCUAAUAUCAGUCUUCGAGUUUCUUUUGUUUCAGAUUUAUUCACGAUUUUGUUACGUAUUGAGGAGGAUGUAAUAGGGCUUAUAAUGCAUAUUUUUACAGACCAUCAUUUCCUUAAAGUUGUGAAAAAAAAAAACGUUUUUUCGGUAAUUUUUUUUUGCCACUUAUGGAGACACAACUACCAAAUAACGUAAUACAUUCAAAAAUAUUUUCAAAUGUCAUGCGUCAUGUCAAAAAAACAUUUACUAUAUCAUAUCAAUAUUAUCAAUAGAGUAAUAGUAGCAAAUGAGUAUGUAAUACAUUAGUAGGUAGGACCAUUGAUUAAUGACAUAUGUUAUGUAUAUACAGAGUAUUAUUCCAACGUCUAAUCAUAUUGAACGAGGUAAUUACUUAGGUCAUACUCAGCAACUGUUGCUAUGGACCAACACCGAAAUCUCAAAACAUUUUUGCCUCCCCGUACAUAAUGUCCACUUCAGACUCGUCAGAAAAUUUUCUUUUGAGAUAUUUGGGGUUGGCCAUACAGUAAAAGCUGCUCAGUAUAGUCUAUGUAAUCUGUACCUAUAUAAAUAUAAAAACACUGUAUGUGACAUAUGUCAUUGAUAAAUGUCAAUGAUUUAUUUUAUAAUGAACAAAAGACGAUGUUAUACCUACUUACCCGCUCAUUUGCUACUACUAUUCUAUUGAUAUGAUAUGAUGUAAAUAUUUAUAAUGACAAUUUUUUUUUUAUCUAAGUUUAAGGAUAUGAUGUAAAAAUAUUCAUUAUUAACCCCAUUAUAUCCUCUUCCAUACGUUAUGUAUAUGGUUUCUCUCGCAGGCUUGGUUGAGCUUUGAGCUGAAAUAAAAGUUUACCCUUGAUUUUUUAAUAAAAUCGUGAAUAAAUCUGAUUCAAAAGAAAAUCGAAGGCUGAUAUUAUGUUCUCAGGUGCAGCCACUACUCUACCUAAAAGUAUAACCAAAUCCCUCGUGGGGGUCAGUCUUGUUAGCCUAGCCUGCUAGACCCUUUAAUUCAUACUGUUCUUGAAGAUGCUUUAUAAUUUGAAAACCAAUAAUAAAGCGUUUGAUUUUA